AUGAUCCCCAGGAACUACGAAGGUCGCCUGUCCGAGGAGAUGCUAAUGACACCCAAGAAGAGACCCUUCUGCAAUGCUUUCACUGGCUGUGGUCGCAAGAGGUCCCAACAGGCUCCCGGCAUGCCUGCUCAAGAACUGAUGAGGCAGAAACAGUACAUGGAUGACGAGACCCUCGGCUCUCUACUCGACUCAGAAACCGCCAUUGAAGAACUAUCCAGGCAAAUUCUGUCCGAAGCCAAGCUCUGGGAAGCAAUCCAAGAAGCCAGCGCCGAAAUCGCACGACGAAAACAAAAAGAAUCAUAUUAAAUCGAUUACAACGAAAUAUCGAUACCGUAGCGUUUCAAAUCGAUUACUAAUUUAAAAAUAAUCGUUAUACAUUCCCGUUUACUCGACUAUGGUUUGGUUUGGGGUUGCCAGUUGAGAAAAUUGUUUCUGUUUUUGGUAGUUUUUGUUGGUGGUUGAGUAGAAACUGAUUGUUGAUUUAUAUAGUUUUUAUGUACAUGAAAUUAAUCAUUUUUGUUAAUAUUUUUCCGAAAAUAAUUCUUCAUGUAUUAAGAUUUAAACAACAAUGAAAAAGCCUACAUUAUUUAAUUGUUGUCAUCAAUAUAUUUCGCUGAAUUGUUUAGAAGUAUUUGGGAUUGGAAAUUUUAAACAAAUAACCUUAUUUGAAACUAUUUUG